UGUCUCACAUUUUUUUAAACGUUCUCUUCUCUCGACCAAAUUAUUGCCGUAAAUGUGGAGUUAUGUUGAAGGAAUCGUUUCCAAGCAAUACAUGACUACAUUGCACAUCUGCUGCCACAUCUGCUGCAGGUUCCAUUUCAACAUCCUUUAGUUUGCAGACGUGUUUCAUUGAAGCAAGAAGAACAAAAGCUUGGAUUUAUCAAUCUGUCUGGAGAUGGACUGCAAUCAUGGAAGUACUUAUCAUUUCUUAUAAAGGCUCUCUGGAUAACGUACUGUAGUACUUUCUUGAUGAUGACGGGAAGGACGGUAACAGAGCUGUGUUGAUAGCUCAAGAGACACAUGCAGUUAUGUUCAAAUGAUUCUCCAUCCAAGCAAUAUCAAGCACUGUUUUACAUUCCUGUGGAUUUAAUAGUCAAACGGACUUUCUUUCUCUCUAUCAGCUUCAUGUCCCUUUUCGUCUACUAAGUUAGCUGACGCACGUUACGGUUGAUGUUACUAUGACAGAAUUUCUCAUCCCCAAAAACUAAGAACAAACUAUCUUUUCCCCCCCAGUAACAGAACACAUGGGAAAGAGUGAAGGAAUGGAAUGUAACCCAAGAUGAACUGCAACGGAGAUGCGACGGAUAGCAGGGGAGUAGUAACUUGGAAAAGACAAACAGUGAUUCAGAUUAGACUUAGAAAAUAGUUAAAAAAAGGAAAAUAAAAUAAAAACACAUCUGGUUUUUGAAUCAUGGCUGGAAAAUGCGCAGGACGGUCUGUGGUUUUAAUAUCACUCUUGGCCGUUGUAGUUUCCUUCUCAGGAAUUACUGAUGUUUUAGGCAAAAAUAAUAUUGAUGAUGAGUUGGAGAAAAUCACAUUUCAAGGAGAGGGAAGCAUCAACGAGCAUCCGGAAAACUGGCCGGUGAACCUUCACCCUAACCUGUAUUUUCACCAGGUGGACAUACGUUUACUGCAGCAGAGAUCUGCCACAACGCACAGACAUAUUUUUAAAGUUAUCCGGCUUGCUGUUGGGACUAUGCUCGCCAAUACUGCACUCUAUCUACCCCCGGUGAAGCAUGAGGAAUUUUCCAGCAAAUGGAAUGAAAUUUACGGCAACAAUCUUCCCUCUCUCGCUCUGUACUGUUUGCUCUGCCCCAAAGAUACAGCUGCCCAUCAAUUCCUAAUGAGAUACAUGGACCAGAUGGCAGUGUACCCUAACUGGACGGUGACCAACGCUCCCAACGACGAGGUUCCCAUGGCUCACUCCCUCACAGGAUUUGCCACAGCCUAUGACUUCAUCUACCCUCUCCUGGACACACCGCGAAGGGCACGCUACAUGAAGAAAAUACGUGCCGCCACAGAGGAGCUGUACGAACUCUCCAAACACAGGGGAUGGGGGAAGCAGUUUUUACAGAAUCAUCAGACUACCAACAUCUUAGCCAUCCUGACCGGCGCCCUCGUGGUUGGAGCACACAGUGACCCGGAGACAAUGAUGUGGAAGCAGGUGGCCGUUAACUACAUGGAAAAGACCAUGUUCCUCCUCAGUCACGUAGUGGAUGGCUCGCUAGACGAGGGUGUGGCCUAUGGGAGCUACACCGCAAAGUCCAUCACUCAGUAUGUUUUCCUGGCGCGUCGCCACUUCGACAUCGACAACACCCAGAACAACUGGUUACGGGCGCACUUCUGGUUCUACCACUCCACACUUCUGCCAGGUUUCCAGAGGACAGUGGGCAUCGCUGACUCCAACUACAACUGGUUCUAUGGACCGGAGAGUCAGCUGGUGUUCCUCGAUGCAUUUGUGCUCCGGGACGGCACCGGAAACUGGCUGGCCCAGCAGAUCUGGAAACAUCGUCCCAAAGAUGGCCCCAUGGAGCAGUCGGCAGCCCAGCGCUGGGCCACCUUACACACUGAGUUCCUGUGGUAUGACAGUGAGCUCUCCAAGCAACCACCAGCCUGGUUUGGCAAAGCAGUACUGCACAUGUUCUCAAACUGGGGUGUGGUGACUUACGGGGCUGGUUUGUCAUACGGUCAAGGCAGCACUUUUGUCUCCUUCAAAUCGGGGAAGCUGGGCGGUAGGGCGGUGUAUGAUAUCGUCCAUUCCAAGCCCUACUCCUGGCUGGAGGGCUGGAGUAAUUUCAAUCCGGGCCACGAGCACCCAGACCAAAACUCCUUCACCUUUGCCCCUAAUGGACAGGUAUUUGUUUCAGAGGCACUGUAUGGCCCCAAAUACAGCUACCUCAACAAUGUCUUGACGUUUGCCCCGUCUCCCACAAGCCAGUGCAAUCAGCCCUGGGAGGGCCAGCUUGGAGAGUGCGGCAAAUGGCUGCGGUGGGCAGAGCCUGAGGUCGGCAACACAGCCGGUGAGGUCAUUGUAGCUGCAUCCCACGGGGAUUCUCUGUUCGUUAGCGGAGAAGCGGUGUCAGCCUACUCCUCUGUGAUGGGGCUGAAGAGCGUAUAUCGUGCCCUUGUCUUGCUCAACUCUCAGACUCUGCUGGUGUUCGACCAUGUGGAAAAAAGCAAGGAGUCUCCGUUGAGUGCUCUGAGUGCUUUCUUUCACAACUUGGACAUUGAUUUUAAAUAUGUCCCUCACAGGGCUUUAGACAGGUACAAUGGGGCACUGAUGGACGUUUGGGAUGCUCACUACCAAAUGUUCUGGUUUGACAGUCAGGGGACUAGUCCAGUGGCGAGAAUACAGGAGGCAGAGCAGGCUGCUGAGUUUAAGAAACGAUGGACCCAGUUUGUCAACGUGACCUUUCCAAUGGAGGGCACGGUCACCAGAGUGGCCUAUUUGAUGCACAGUCCCAAUGUCAAAAUCUCCAACUGCAGAUUCAUCGACAAUAGUAAAAAUGGAGUACGUCUCUCUGUUGUCGUCAACGGCACAGAAUCCAUUGUGUCCAUCGUAACAAACUACAAUGACAUUGGUGCCAGAUAUAGCUACUUGGGCUUUGGGGGAUAUGCAAAGAUGCAAAGCAGACAUCAGAUAAUCCACUUUGGUCUUGGAGUUCAAACAGUGUCUGAACAAAACACUGUGAAUCCAGUCUAUGACUUUGGGUUUAUGGUUAAUAUAGUGGGAGGGCUGACACUGUGUCUCGCCAUUGGGUUUUUAAUCCUGCAACGCACGUUUUAUUUCUGCUUCCGCAAGAUCAUGCGCUAUACUUUAACGUUUGUUCUCCUGCUGUGUGUCGUUGAGUUUCUGUUUGUCUCCAAUAGCUGUGAUUGGCUUGUCUGUGUCCAAUCAGUGUCCAAUCUGCCCCCAAACCCUCUCCCCACAGUUGUGGUUACAUCCCUGCCAGGGUCUGGGGCUGAAGUUCUCAAGCCCCUUUUCUAUAACAGCUCUGACUUUGUUUAUCUCCAAGUCCCCACAGAGCACUUAGUCAUCCCGGACACUGAGUUCAACUUUGACCCCCUGGUGGACGCCUGCGUGUGGUCCAGACUAGAUGCGGAAAGAGGUCACUACAAGGCCAUCCAGGGCUGGUUCCAUUCCUUGGUCUCUAACCCUAGACUUCACCUGCAGAACAUUCAGUUGCACAACGAGGGCAGCUGGAAUGAGAUUGGGGUGGAGCUUUCUGGCAAGAGGAGGAAGCCAAUUCGUAAGCAGUCAGGGUCUACGAAACCGAGGGGGAGUUCAGAUAGAGAUGGCGAGUAUGUUCGGGAGCUAAGGCGGCACAUGGAGAGGUACCCUAAUGCCCGCCCUGUCCUCAGCCUGAGCAGCGGGAGCUGGACCCUGAAACUCCCGUUUUUCCGAGAGGUGGUCGGUCACUCAUUUCGGGCGGUGCACGUUGUGCGAGAUCCUCGUGCUUGGAUUUACCUUAUGCUCUACAACAGCGAGCCAAGCCUUUAUUCUCGCAAGAAUGUGCAAAAACAUGUCGCCGCAAUUUUUAAGCAAGAGAGGAACGGCGGGAGAAGCAAGUGUACACUAGGGUUCACCCAGGAAUUCUUGACAUUGCACAGCGUCCUCUCUGAUCCAGAGAUGGAGCCGGUGCUGCUACUGGCCCAUCUGUGGCUGGCCCACACAACCACGGCACUCCGGGUCAACGGCGACCUCACCGCCUCUUACCUCCAUGUGAGAUUUGAGGACAUUGUGCAAUAUCCUGAGGAGACAGCAGGAAAGAUACACAUGUUUCUCGGGGUUCCCGUGGCCCCAGCUGCCCUCAACCAGCUCAUGUUCGCCACCUCCACCAACCUGUACAACCUGGUGUACGAGGGAGACAUAUCGCCAGUCAGCAUCAAUGUGUGGAGAGAAAAAAUGCCCAUCCACGAGAUCAGAAUGAUAGAGGAAACAUGCUUAACGGUUAUGGAGAGACUUGGGUACUCAAGGUACUUAAGUUAAUAGCUGGUGUAUGAUGUCUUACGAUGGACACCGUACUUUUAGUUUGUUGACAUGUAUACUUUGUUGUUCUAUAUUUUGCACAUUCCACUAUUAUGUUAUUUUGAAUUGUCCAGGCCUUGUUUAUAGACUGGGAUGUAUAAAAUAGAACAGAGUGAUGUGCUCCAUAACACUUUUUUGAAGUGUAUGAUUUGUCUGACUAAUGUCUUUUCAUCCAAACAGUUUUAUAGUUUGUUGGCUGGUUAUUUAGCCACGCCCAGAAUCUCCUGGCUAGCAUUUUUGGAGCAUGUAGCAAUGCUAGGGGGACACGAAUUGUUGAUUCAACAUGGAACAAAUCAGCAACCACAGUUAUUGAAAUCUCUGCAACCCUAAACAAACUGUUGCAGUUUGUUUUUGGAAUGGGUGGCCAGUAAUAAACUGGUCCUGAACAUCUCUAAAACUAAAAGCAUUGUAUUUGGUACAAAUCAUUUAGAGUUGCUCUGCUUUUUUGACACCACACUCCACAAAGCAAGUCCUGCAGGCUCUAGUUUUAUAUUGUCUUGAUGAUUGUAUAUGGUUAAGUGCUGCAAUUAAGGACCUAUAAAAACUGCAGCUGGCCCAGAACAGAGCGACACAUCUUGCUCUUCACUGUAAUCAGAGGGCUAAUAUCAAUAUUUUGCAUGCCAUUCUUGGCUAAAAAUAGAGGAGAGACUGACUGCAUCGCUUCUUUUUUUUUUUUUUUAAGAAACAUUAAUGUGUUGAAAAUUACAAAUUGUUUGCUAGGUCAACUUACACACAGCACUGACACACACACUUACCCCACCAGACAUGACGCCAGGGGUCUUUUCACAGUCCCCAAAUCCAGAACGAAUUCAAGGAAACAUACAUUAUUAUAUAGAACCAUGAUCGCUUCCAUCUCAAAUAGCUCAAGUGAGCAGCAAACCUGGCUUGAAACCCCCCCAGAUAAAGCAACACCUCACAGAACGCCUCUCCCUUAUUUGACCUAAUUAUGUUGUGUGUAUGUACUGAUAGAUGCCACUGACUGUACAUUUAAAUGAUCAACAUUGAAACGAUAAAUGUAGGCUUAGAAUAGUAGGUCUCUAAUUUAUAUUUUUCUCAGUAUUGAGUCAGUACAGAACCUUUUAGUUAUAUUUUUUCUCAGCAUUGAGUCAGUACAGAACCUUCUAGUUAUAUUUUUUCUUGUAAAUGUAUGCAGUUCUGUCCUUGAGCUGUUCUUGUCUAUUAAUGUUCUCUAUCAUGUUUCAUGUUUUGUGUGGGACCCCAGGAAGAGUAGCUGCUGCUAUCGCAACAACUAAAGGGGAUCCUGAUAAAAUACCAAGAAAAACACUAACAAUUGUAAUAGUAGUGCAUUCAGUCGAUAAUAAUUUAAAACAUGUAUAUUUUUAGGGGGUGAAAUAUCCCUUUAAAGUAAUUGGAAUAGUGGAUUGGAUUUAACAGUGUUAUUUACAUAUUUUGUUACAGUAUAUCAUAAAGCUUUUUUAAACUAUUGUCAAUCACUUGAUUUCAAACACCACUCUUAUUUAUAGUUAAUUGCAAAACAGUUUUAUUUUCCAGUGGUAAGGGGUAAAACGCUGCUUGUAAAUUCAGUGCAGUACUUUUGUCAGAGCAUUGGGGUAUACAACAACCCAGCAGGCUUCUGGGGCAUUUUGUCGAAGAAAAACAUUUUCUCAGCCAGGAUGUGAAUACAGUUAUAGCAAACUUUUUGAAACAUGCAAAA